GCGGGCUGCUCUCCUUGGCCGGAGCCUGCCGAGGGGUCCGUGAAGCCCCGAGCCGGGAGAGGGUUCUGCGGCCUGGUGGGCCCGGCCGCCCCGGGCUGCGCUGGAGGGGCCGCGGGGCUUGGCCUGACCCAGCAGUUGCGGCUGCAGGCGGAUCAGCCUCCCGUGGGGGUUAAAGUGACAAUACCUUUUGGAAACAAGUAUCUUGAUGCUGUCUUUUCUGUCCCAGAGAAGAAACCAACAUGCGGAGUUAUUCUUACCCAUGGAGCUGGAGGAGAUAUGAAUUUCCCUCACUUAGUGUCUUUGGCAGCCUAUCUUGCAUCCCGUGGAGUUCUCUGCCUGCGGUUUACUUGUAAAGGCCUCAACAUUGCUUAUAGGACUAAGGCCUUCAAAACGGUUGUGGAAUACUUAAAGCUUUCUGAUGAUUAUAAACUUUCGGGUGUCUUCCUUGCAGGCCGUUCCAUGGGCUCACGAGCUGCUGCCUCUGUGAUACACCAGCUUAGUCUGGAGGAUGAUGACGACUUUAUUCAAGGUCUAGUAUGUUUAUCUUACCCACUGCAUCGACCAAAACUUCAGUCCAAGCUCCGGGAUGAAGAUUUAUUAUUUAUCAGGUGUCCGGUGCUGUUUGUCUCAGGAUCAGCAGAUGAGAUGUGUGAAAAACAACUGCUAGAAGGUGUGGCAAGCAAAAUGAAAGCCCCUAAAAAGAUCCACUGGAUUGAUAAAGCAAACCAUGGGAUGGCAGUCAAAGGACGAACAACAGAUGAUGUCAUGGAAGAAAUAAAUGCACAAGUUUUUUCUUGGCUUAGAGAGAAUGUUGAACUGGAGCGCAAAUGAUUUGCUGUGUUUAAAGAGUAUCUUCAUGUAGCUUUUCCUAAAUGUAAAUUGGAGUCUGUUAUUUCUGAAAAGGGUGUUUUCAGAGGUCUAAGUGUAAAUGCAAGUAAAACUUUUUUGUGUGUGAAUGAAAAAAAGUUAUGCAAAACAAUAAAGAACUUUUUAAAGGA